UGGCCAAACAUCGUAGGUUAUCGGCGGGCUAACCUUGAAUUGGCGGAAUAAGAACUACCUUGCGCGUAGCAGUUUAGAGGGACGCAAGAUUUGAUUCCGUACACCAACCACUCAUUCAAAUAUGGCUAUUAACACGAUUCUUUUAGACUUCUCUGUCAACCCUUCAGCUAUCACAAAUAAAGACGAAAGAAAGCUACUACAAGAAAAUGUGGAAAGCGUCUUAUUGGAUUACCUACCUUCUUUAAAAUUCAAACAUUCUCUUGAAAUUGGUGAUACGUUUGUGUCCCUGUACGAAGCAGACAGAAACAGUUUAAUUACGGUGAGAACCUUUGAUAAAGGUCUUGUUGCGUGCAACAUAGAAUACUACAAGGACGACAACGAAAAACCGUUGUUGACAUUCGAGCACGUGCGGGGCUUGGAGACGAGAUUGCGGGCCAAGCUAGGUAGCUCCCGUAGCAAGGCAUUUCCGGCCGUGAAGCGUGGAGCUGCCCUCGACGUUUACCUAACUACCUCAGAUGAACGUAUUUUGGAGUAUGACAUAGAUGAGGUUCUGUAUGAAGAGAGAUCACCAUACCAGAAAAUACAGAUCGUUCAUUCUCGUAGCCUGGGAAAUCUCUUGGUUCUGGAUGAUCUUCAGAAUAUGUCAGAGAGUGACCUGGUGUACACUGAGACAUUAAUGCAGAGAGGCAAGGAGAGCUAUGCAGGAAAAGAAAUAAUUAUUUUAGGUGGUGGAGAUGGAGCUCUUUUAUGGGAACUUCUUAAAGAGAAUCCAAAAUUUGUUACAAUGGUGGAGAUUGAUGAACUGGUAAUGAAGGCUUGUCGCAAAUACCUUCGCACGUGCUGUGGAACUUGUCUUGAUGAGUACAAAACAGAUAAUUAUGAGAUUAUUGUGGAGGACUGCUUGAAAAUACUGGAUAAGUUCAUUAAGGAAGGAAAGAAAUUUGAUUAUGUGUUCGGUGAUCUUACCGACAUUCCAUUAUCACCAGUUCCUCAAGGAGAAGUGUGGGACUUCAUCAGACUUAUCUUAAAUACAUCAAUGCGUGUCUUGAAACCGAAUGGAAAGUAUAUGACUCAUGGAAAUGGAGCAUCUUGUCCAGAGUCUCUCAGCAUGUUUGAGUCUCAGCUAAAGCAACUUUCUGUACCAGUACAGUUCACACGUGAUCAUGCAUUUGUACCCUCGUUUAUGGAAGACUGGAUCUUCUAUCAAGUACAGCCAGUACCCAACUAGCAUUUCAAAUUUCACAUUAAGGAAAAUAUGCUGCACACAGCAUUCACAGCCCUUGUGAUCUCAAGAUGACAGCAACAGUAAACUGCCAGAUCAUCCACAAGAUGAAAGCUGUGCAGUCAAGAAAUGUGUGCAAACAAUUAAGUCACAAGGAUAUUUUCUCAGUACUGCUUUAAAUUUAGUAGAUACAGAAAUAGUGUUGUCUGCAAGUUAUAUGUAACUUAUGUUAACAUGAAAUGUGACUGAAAUGCAAAGUGUUAAGUCCCUUAAUUUGGUGCAAAUGCCAUAUUGUCAUGGUUGUUCCUCAUAAACAUUUAAGACAGGUGAAGUCAUUAUUAGGUUUUGUUAUUCUAAUCCAUUUAGUUUUCUACUGUGCUCUUUAAGUAUUAUUUCUGCAAGUGACUGUGUGUAGUACAUAAAAUAUAGCAUAUCUAUAUCUGAGUGACAAUAUUGUAAAAAGGGUAAAUCACUACUCACCGUAUAGUGGAGAAGUUGAGUUAGUCGCAGACAGGCAAAACGGAAAGACUACUAAGAAAGUUAGCUCAGUCUUUCUGUGUUUGUCUAUGACUCUGCUAUAUGUGAGCAGUAAUCUAUCCUUUUCAUAAAUUAUCAUUAUAUUAACAUGCAUAUAUCAAAAGAUGGGAUAUUGUCCACCACUGUCAGUAGUUAUAAAAGAUUUAUUUUCUCAGUUUUUAUUUAUGUAUGAACUGCACUGCUAAAAUUAUGUACGCUUUACAAAUGAGAGGAAAAGUGGGCCUUCUGGACUUCAUUAAUAUUAUAAUCUGGGAUAAAAAGUUAAGAAGCUGCCACAUAUAUUUAUCCACACUGACAUUCAGCUGGUCAUUUAACAAAGGUAACUCAUCUAACAUGACCAGAAGCCCUGAAAUGUAAAAAGUGAAAAAUUGGUAUUUGAUUGGAAGGCAAAUGUUACUUGAAACAAAACAGAAAACUAGCACUGUAUUCAUAAUCAAUAAGAAUGCCGGUGCAGUGUUUUUGGAGUGUAGUACCAUUCAACAGGUUCAGAAGCUUCUGUAGUGUGUAUUUUAAAACAUCCUUGUCAGAAAUAGUGCAGUAGUUAAGUAUUUGAAAUCAUCAAGUGUUACUUCUGGAAUUGGUUUUCACUGUUUUUAUUAAUGUUAAUUUUGUUUUUCUUACUCUCUUAAGAAAUUUACCUAGUACCUGGACCAAUUUAAGUUGCAAAACAUUAACUAUUUAACUAGUGUGCCCACUUUCAACAUAUUCUGUGGACAUUGAUAAUGUUUGUGUACAUUAUUUAGACUGAAUUAUUUUGUGGCCAGUAAGUAAAUUAAUUGUGAUGCUGUGCAGCACGAUUGGUUGCAUUUAGACUGGAGAAUUCUAGUCUCAAAUUAUGAGUCAUGUCAAUGUAUCGUUUUUGUGUUUUAAUGCAAUAUUGGCAGUAAUAAGGAAGUAGUAUUUGUUUGAUUAGUGAAGUAAUUUGCUCGUAAGCACUCUGUUUACAUAAAUAUUUUUACAUUGUAUCCUACAGUCUUGUAUCUAUAUUUUGUAAGCCAAUGCAGUUGUCACAAGGUAAAAGCUUAAUUGUGCUCAUAAAUUGAUAGCCAAGUUUUGUAGGUUUAUACAGGGUGCACCAGAAACAGCUGUCUGUUUUGAAAAUUCAGCAGUAAUUCAGGGGAGAAAAGUGAAAAUCUUUAUCUUUUUAGUAAAGAUAAAUUAUUUUUUAUCGAGAAUUAGUGUCUACAUACUUCUUGACAAUAACACUUGGUACAUGUCCUUGCUGAAUGACACAUUCAUGUAGUCUGUCUGGAAGAGAAGACACAACACAUUUCUUGGAAUCUCCCAAAAGCAUUCAUGAAUUUCGUCUUUCAGCUCACUAAUAAUGCUUGGGAGUUGCUCAUGAACUUCAAGAUAGCCUCACGAGAAAAUAAUUAGAUGAUGUGAUGUCAGGGGAACAAACAUGCCAAUUGAUGUUCCCAAAGUGAGAAAUAACUCUGUCUGGAAUCAUUUAAUUCAGGAUUCCCGCAGGAAGAUGCGCAGAAUGGACUGUUGCUUUGUCUUGCUGGAGCUAUAGAUGGUGAUACAGCAUGACAAAUCUAGCACUCAGAAUUUACUGUUACAGAAAGGUCCUCGUUUUAAAAAAAAAAGACUGAAGAAAUACUGGCACUUUUGUGUAGCACACUCUAGCAGUUCACAUGAGGUGUGUGCAGCCCAGAACUGACUUCCAUUUGUUUACAUAUCCAGACAAACUGGAAUGGGUGUAAUUUGACAUCAUUAAUCUGUCCUCUAUGCCCUCUUCAACUUUCGGAAGCUCCAAGAACGUGUUUCAAAAUUGAAGUCUCAUCAUUGUGUCCUUGUGGUAGUGAAGAUCUUUGUUGGAUACAGUGAAUGCUGGUAUCCACCAACUCAAAAGCAAUAGCUCAGCAACAAGCUAACCACUCAGGACAACACAAGAAGCUGUAAUGCAAUGUCUUUAUAAAUUCCUCUAAUGCUGCAAUGCAGUACUCUACAGGCUGUCACUCCGUGUCAACUGACCUCCUGAGAACAGUACCCAACAAUGCAUGUAGCAUUACAGCAUAACACAGUGAGUGUCCUGUGAAUGAACAUUUAAAAGCAGUCUGGUGCAGCCAGUAUUUGUUGUAGCAUCUAAUGAUACACCAGCUUUUUGAUCAUCUGACUGUAUUACUAUUGCAAUGAAUUGUGACUUACACUCAAAAACUAAUUUGUGAUGACUGUGUCACACACACACACACACACACACACACACACACACAGUGAGCUAAAAAUUCAAUGUUCGUCCCCACCUUUCAUGUACUGAAAUAAAGUUCAGUAGCAGCAAUUAUAUCUUUUACCAUUCCUAUUGUUACUUAAAUGUAUUAAGCAUAAUACAUCUAAUUCAUAAAGUUUAAGUAAGAGCAACCAACAAACUUGCCAUGCCAGAUGGAUACAUACAUGUUCACGAAAAACAGAAUGCCUUAAAUAAGUAGAGAUAGCAUGUUCACAUUUCACAGGACAUGUAAAUUAGUAUGUUCUGCAGAAAUGAUUAGCAUGUCAGUCGCCUCGGUUAGUAUGUGUCCCUGUUGCCUACUAGGCACAGGGUCACUAUGGAGCCUGAUAACUUGUUCCAUCCGUUAUGGCAUCGAAGCGUAUAAGGCACGAAUGGCUUCUUCAGGUGCAGCCACCCAUGCUGCAUUCAGCUGUGAUGGUUGGCAUUGGAUCACAGCAGUGCACCAGGUGUUACCAUACCCCACACAUUUUCAAUUGGCAACAAGUAUGGUGACCUGGGCAGGCCAGAGCAAAAAGCUGAUAUCUUGUGACAACCAACAAGGCAUAUGUUUGUGCAGCAACAAGGUUCUGCAUUGUCUUACUGAAAAAUGUCAUCUGGGGUGUUGGGCAGAAAGGGUAUGGUUAUGGAUCACGAGUCAUUCACGUAGAUCACAGUGCCCUGGACAUGCACCAACUGUGAUUUGUAGUUAAUAGCACCCCACUCCUUAAGGCCUUGUGUUGGUAUUGUGUCUUGUGCCAAUGCAGUCACUGUGAUACUGCCUCCACUGUCUGCAGGGAACCAAAAUGCAGUCAUCAGUUUCAAACAAAACCUGGAUUCAUCUGUAAACACUAUCUGAUGCCAUUCCUGUCCCCAGUGACAACAUUCCACACACAAGUGCCAUCUAGCACGUUUCUGCACAUUCGUCGCAGGUAGGCAGAGAAGUGGAUGACUUGCAGGUAGCCAUGGGCUGUUACCCGUGAUAGUGUAUGAUGUGUUACUGUUGCCAGAGCUGAGGAGGAUGCAGAUCUAUUGUGCAAUGCCAUUCACAUGAGAUGUCGAUCAUCUCGAUGGGUGGUUUGGGUGGUGUGACCUGACCCCUCUCGUCGUGUUCUACAGCCUUUUGUGAACCAUUCUGCACAAACCCAUUGCACAGCUGAAACACUUUGUUCCACAUGAGCAGCAAUUUCCAUUCUGGAAUUUCCAUGAUGGCUGCACCUCACUCGCUCAUGCCAAUAAUGCGCCCUCUUUCAAAGUCACUGAUUUGAUAGUACAGUUUGUGCAUACAUCUGCAAGGCAUACUGCAUGUCUGCUCAAGUCACAAUGAUCCAUUAUCUUUGAUUUAUAGCAAAAACAGCCAUAGGCACCUUUUACCAAUAGUUGAUGUUGCACUGCGAUACCAAACCCUCAUGCUGACAUGGUUCAAAUGCUAAUCAUUUCUGCAGAACAUACUAAUAUAGAUGUCCUGUAAUAACAUCCAUCUCUAGUUGUUAAAGGUGUUAUGUUUAUCUCUGAACAUGUAUUAUAAUGUUAACAUAAGACCAGUUUAAAGGAAGCUGUCGUGCACGUGGCCAAUAAGUAACAAAUCACAUAAAAAUAAGUGAAGUAUUUUGUUAGCCUUAAGAAAUGUUACCUUCUUAAUAUUUACACUUCAAAAUUUUUUACAUGGCAGUAGAAAACUCAGAAAAGGGUUUUAUAAAAAGUGAUAUUCCCUAACUAACAAUUGGUCAAUUCAAGCAAGGUGACAUGAGAAGAGGUAACUCAUCACUAGGAAGAUUUGAAAGUUUUAUUUCAAAACUUUUAUUUGUACUAGUAAUUUGGACUCUUUGGGAUUAGAGAACACAUUGAGAUAGGGAAUAUCAUUUCUCUCAAAGAAUGUUUGACAUCCUUGAAAGGAUUGCUAACUCACAAAAAAUAUCUGUUUCAUGCUGAGCAAUGUGGCAACACUGUGAGGAAUAGACAUUCGGUGCCCCCCUCUCACGAAUAACAUACAUGAAAGUUACAAUGCCAUACAAUAUUAAGAGGUAAAAAAGUUAUUUAUUUUGACUGAAGUAUCUAGGGAAAAAACUGGGUUAAUUACAACACACACUUCCACAGUGGAAGGGUUAUUGGUCACUCAUUGAUGGUCCUGCCUUUAAUCCCCAAUAACCACAUCUGCUAUUUUUGCUGUAACAAACUGUGACUGAAUUCUCUACUUUCUUGAUGUCAAACUGAAGUGGUUUCACUAGGCUAACAACCAUACAUUUAGUUUUAUUAAAUGCAAUACUUGCAUUUUCCUAAAUUUGAUAGGUUUUGUUUGUAUUAAAUGGAAUGUAAAACAGAUGACUUAAAUGUGCUUCUGUAGCAGAUCAAAGAAAUUAAAAUUAACUCAGGUUAGUUCUAA